GCCCACCGGCUACCGGGUCAUGUGACAGUCCAAGAUGGCGGCGCUCAGGUUCCUGCCGGCGGCGCUGCUGCUGCUCGCCUGCCUGCUGCUCGGCGGGCGCUGCUCGGGGCGGCGCGCGGGCCCGGUGCCCCUGGUCAUGUGGCACGGGAUGGGAGACAGCUGCUGUAACCCUGGAAGCAUGGGAUACAUUAAAAAAAUAGUGGAAAACAAAAUACCAGGAAUUUACGUUCUGUCGCUACAGAUUGGAAACAACUUGGUAGAGGAUAUGGAGAACAGCUACUUCAUGAAUGUGAACAAACAGGUGACGCUGGUUUGUGACAAACUCGCUAAGGACCCUCACUUGCAAGGAGGCUACAAUUCUAUGGGAUUCUCCCAGGGAGGCCAGUUCCUGAGGGCAGUGGCACAGAGAUGUCCUUCUCCUCCAAUGUUCAAUUUGAUUUCCAUUGGGGGGCAGCACCAAGGUGUGUUUGGCUUUCCACGCUGUCCUGGGGAGAAGUCCCGCAUCUGUGACUGGCUCCGAAAGCUGCUGGACCUUGGCGUCUACACGAAGAUGGUUCAGGAGCGCCUAGUGCAGGCAGAAUACUGGCAUGACCCCAUGAAGGAGGAAGAGUACCAGAAAAACAGCAUCUUCCUGGCUGACAUCAAUCAGGAGAAGGGCAACAACGAGACCUACAAGAAAAACUUGAUGGCUUUGAAAAAGUUUGUGAUGGUGAAAUUUCUCAAUGACACGAUGGUAGACCCUCCAGCUUCAGAGUGGUUUGGAUAUUAUAGAAGUGGGCAAGCCAAGGAGACCAUCCCCCUGCAGGAGACCUCGCUGUACAAAGAGGAUCAGCUGGGGCUGCAGCAGAUGGACAAGGCAGGAAAGCUGGUAUUCCUGUCUGUGGCAGGAGAUCACCUUCACUUUUCUGAAGAGUGGUUCUAUACAAACAUCAUCCCCUUGCUAAACUGAAGCCGGUGUGUCAGCAGUCUGACAAGAGAAGGUGACUUCGUCAGACCAAGCUCCUGAUACAAGGCUGAGGAAGUCACCCUGUUAAGUUCUAACUUGGAUCCACUUGCUGUAGCUAACAAACUAAGCUGCCACUUACUGUGUAGCAGCACAUUCUCCAUACAAACCUGCUGCAGCAUCGUAUCAGAGCUAACCAAGUAUUUAAGGGCAUAUUAGUCUGCUGGUUGUUGCCAGAGAGUAUAUGAGAAGUGGCAUGGAUUAAAUGUUAGUAGAUUUAAAUUUAAUAUGCUAUUAUGGUAUAGCAUAUGGUCCCAACCCAGACUAGGUUUCGGUGUUAGCAAGUUUUGUAUGGUUUUCAAACAAGCUAAUGUAAUUGCACCAGUUGCUUGCUGGAGCAUAGUUCAGUAGUUUUCAAUUUUUUUUUUCUGAUGACCCAGUUGAAGAAAAUUGUUGAUGCCUGUGAUGCAAUUGAGCUGGGGAUGAGGGGUUUGGGGAGUGGGAAGGGGCUCAAGGCUGGGGCAGAGGGUUGGAGUGGGGGGGUGAGGGCUGUGAGGUGGGGCCAGGAAUGAGGGGCUCUGGGCUGGGGCAGGGAGUUCAGGGUGCAGGAGGGGGUCAGGACUCUGGGCUAGGGUCCAGUCUCUGGCAUGGGGAUGAGGGGUUUUGGGGGGCUUGGGGUUGGGGUGCAGGAGGGGACUCCAGGUUUGGGGGGCUGGGGCAGGAGAUUGGGUUGUGGGCUUACCUCUGGUGGCUCCCUGUCAGUGGCACAGCUGGGGUGCAGAGGCAGGCCUCCUGCCUGUCCUGGCACCAUGGGCUGUGCUGCACCCUGAAAGUGGCCGGCAGCAGGUCUGGCUCCUAGACAGAGGCAUGCAAGCAGCUCCACACAGCUCUUGCUUGCAGGCACCAGCUCCCAUUGGCCAGGAACCAGCCAAUGGGAGUGUGGAACUGGUGCUCAGGGUGGGGCAGCAUACAGAGGCCUGUGGCCCCCCCAGCCUAGCCACUGGCCACUUCCAGGGCACAGCACCAUGGCAGACUCAGAACAGGUAGGGACUAUGAGUUUUUACUGGCUGGCCGCCAGGGUCCCUGGGUGCUGAGCCAGGUGACCCAGUACUGGGUCAUGACCUGAAGUUUGAAAACCACUGGCAUAGUUUAACAGCUGAGCCAUUUGAGACUGGGUAGUCUCAGUUUUAACAGAGCUAUGUUCUAACCACAUUUCCUGACCCUCUGGCAGGAUACUUUGCUUAAUACUAAUAAGCAUAACUAGUUUAGAUAAGGUCCACAGAGUGAGGAGGACCACCACUUAGAUUUAAGGAUGUUUGUAGGGAUAGGGGAGAAGACAAGGUUACAGCUGGGGGAAGGGGUGCUGGCUCAUGGGAGGGAGUGGGUUAUGGAUUAAGUUUUCAAGGGUUAUUAAAAGCUUUUUGAUAGUUGUCAGCUGACUAGCUACUGUUUUGCACUGAUUCAAUGUCAAUUCUCUUUAUUAAAGAAUGUUUUACAGCUGUCUAAUGA